GGCAAGAGCACAGAGAACGAAAGAGAGGGAAAGUAAUGCAAAAAUAUAAAGAAUUAUUGGUUACAAUAAUUAGUAAUUUCUUUGAGUUUGACAACUAAAUAACUACAUUUAAAAAUACACCACAUUGGCUCAGUCACCAAAGUAACUGGUAACUAUUUACCUAAUAAGUAUAAUGAGUAAACAGUACAGUAUUCCUCUCUAGAAGUAUAAGGUAGCAGAAAAUGGAAAUACUCAAGUAAAGUACAAGAACCUCAAAACAGUAGAGUAAAUGUACUUUGUUACUUCACUGCUCACUCAAGAAGAAGAAGAAGAAGAAGAAGAAGAACUUGAACUUGCAGUGUCUGAAAUCAUAUGUUUGCUCACACACUGAUACACAGCGCCCUCUACAGUCCAGCGGCCGCCUCCGUUUCGGAUUACAAAUAGUGCCGUUUCUGAGUCAAGGAACAACAAAAACAUGUCCGAGAACGACUGGCUCAAUCGUUAACUAGCAUCAGCCACCUGCAGUCACAUCAACAAAUCAUCGUUUCGACCGACUGCUAUAUGAUUCCCGUCGUGUUCACGGCCGACAACCCAGAAAGAUGCCGCAGAAAGCACUGGGAUCCAUUGUAGGUCUUCUUUGUACCGGGACCUGUCUGGUGCAGGGGAAGGAGUUCUGUUUUGGGGUGAACAAUGAACAGUACCGCUGUGAGAUGGGCUACUGCUGUGGAGAGACAGAGUGCUGCACCUACUACUACGAGCUCUGGUGGUUCUGGUUGGUGUGGACCCUGAUCAUCAUGCUUAGCUGCUGCUGUGCCUACCGACACCGCAGAGUAAAGAUGCGUCUACAACAGGAGCAACGUCAACGCGAGAUCAGCCUCAUGGCCUACCAGGGAGCCUCCAGCUCCUUCAUUUCCCCUCCACCACUCAAUCUACGGUUCUGGAAUGACUGCAAGCUUCCCGACUAUGAAGAGGUGGUAGGUCACCCGCCGACACCACCUCCUCCUUACUCUGAAAACCCUCCUGAGACCAAUCCAGCACCCUCUUCACAAGUGAACCAGCCAGACACUGCCAUGGCACCACAACCACCAGCUGAGGCACAACCAAGGGUGGACAGUCAGGCCUCAGGCUCAUCAGACCAGCAAGCAGUGUCGAUGCCCGUCCAAGCGCAGUGUCUGGCAGAGGACAACGUGGAGGCUCCAUUGAUGGCGGCGGCGGCGGAGGAGGAGGAAGAGGAUGAGGAGCUCGUCACUCGUCGCCGCCACGUGACCGGCGACUCUGGUAUCGAGGUGUGCGUUUGCCAGCUGGACGUGGACGAGGGCUCCGGCCUCGAAGAGGAAAGCGACGAGGACCAGCGGAUGUGCAAAGUCACCGGCCGGGACUGCUGCUCCGGACACCAGCAGCAAGCCUUCAGACAGAAGGAGCACACCUCUGAGCUGCCCAGCCAGACAGCCAGCACCAGCACUGGGGACCACAUGGUGUGAUCCGCAGCUUAACUAACCAGCCAAGCCGCGCGGCUUUCUGCUUCACACAGGGUGAUGACACAAGACAGCUGUUCCCAUCAUCAUCACCACAAGGACUGUCUGUGUUUUAAUUCUUUGAACUAACACACAGGCAUGACACAAAGAUGAUGAAGAUAACUAAUCCUUAAUGGCUCCCGAUUAGGAAAGAUGAAUAACACAUUGUGUGGAUGAAACUCCUGACUUAUUUUCUUAUUUUUAAAAAAAAUUUUUUUUGCUUUGCUUUUCCUGAGCGGGGAAACCAGUAAACACAUGGUGAUGCGCCACUUCGUAUGCCUUUUCUUAGUGUUAAGUGAGCAGAGGUCAUUUGGUGGUGAGAAAACAGCGAUUGAUUGUGAAUGAAAUUGGACUGUUCCCCUCAUGGUGAGAACUGUUGUUAUGUUUCUGUCUCACCAUACUCUUUUGGUCAGAACAUUGCCCUCUGACGUUUUACCUCUGAUGGGAUGGUCGGCUAGGAGCUUACCAACACGGUCAAGAACAUUUCUCCCCUGUCCCCCGCCCCCCCGCCAUGAAUAAGCCGAGGACGCAAAAACAAACCUCUUUAAAAACUUAAGACGAUACUGUAUGAAUCGACAAGAGCGCCGCACAUUUCACUUAAUUUCCUCCGAGAGCUGCGUGUGAGCAUUUAGAGUUUGUGUGUGUCUGUGUGUGUGUGUGUGUGUGUGCUGUGAAAUCUAGGGCACAGCUGCACAGUGAUGUCAGCUCUGAGGUCAUGGCAGCCAGCGUCUGGUGUGAAGUGUGUGGGACUUCUCGCAUCCAGAGUGGGGGAGAACAUACACCCACAAAUAGCAGAGGACAGAGACGGGAAGGAGUUUGUUGUUUUGUCUUUGGGCUUUAAAUGUCACACACACCUCCCCACUCCCAACCACAGGCCCCCCUUUUUUUUUCUUCCCCCUACUUUAAUAUCCAUUUUGUGGUCACCAAUCACCAUGACCGUUGGUAAGGAGUGACCAGCAUUUUAACGAUUUGUUGAUUGUGUGCACAUGAUCUCCCCUCUUUGGCUUCAGACUGCAUAAAAAGUCAUGGUAAUAGCCAAGAGGGCUCUGCCACCAGUUAUUUUUCAAUCGAUAAAAAAACCCUUGUGGUGGCUCUGUGUUAGCGUGUUUGACUUACCAUGUAAUGUCAGAGUGAGUAGUGGCAGCAUUUGGCUCUUUACAGUUUGGAUGUUCAUAACGGAGGAUGUACCCGCUUUAUUUUUUUCGCGUCAUCAUAACCAGCUCCGCUUCGGUAAAUGCCACAGGUGUCACUAUUAAUUGCAACAAAGCUCCUGAUGGGGGGCUGCUAGAGUGUGUACUAGUGCGUGGAUGUUGUAGUGCAGUAGGGAAGGGUUGAGUCCCGUGUGUGUUUAUCUUUAAAGUGCUGGUUGAACUAAUUAUUCGGCACUGAGGUGGAUUAACUUUUAAAAAGCACUGGUAUUUUGCAUGAGGCAUGAAUUUCUGUGAUUCUUGCUUUGCUCAUCUGUUUGUCAAAAUGAUUGUGGGCUACAGUGGCUGCACACCCAGAUGUUGCGGUGAAAAAAAAAUAAAUAAAUAAUGGGACUGAGGUUAAAGUUUAGACGCCCUGGGUGUCACUGUUUUGUUAUGACUGUGAGCAGUGAUAUGCUGUUACGCAGUGUCAGUGGCUGGAGCUGUUUCAGCCCCCCGUAGCUCUUGGCGUCGCGAGAGAUUCGCAGUGGUAUUUUCCAUUGGCAGUGGAGGGCGGGCGCAUUAGCAGCUCGAGGUGGAUGCAGCCCUGUCAGUGCUGGCACAGCUGCAGAAUCUAUUGUGAUCUACUGCAUGCUUCUCUGCAUGUUUCUGUCGCUUGCCUGAUGUACAGUGUAUUCAAAGCAUAGCAGGCGAAGAGGGUGUAAAGCGAAAUUGUUUGUCGAAAAAGGUCUGCGCGAGACGAGCAGUAACUGAAAAGUCAGUAAAUGUUUCAUUGAGAAUUUUUUGGUUUGGAGCCAUGUUUAAAAAAACUUAUUAUUUGUGUGCUCUGAUACUGUGCGUCAGAAUGGGCCCAGUGUAAAGACUCAGGUCUGUCGCUCUGCUUCACACAUGCUCACAAAGUACUGCUCCUGGUGAUCGUGAUGUGACACUCCACAGUGCGAUAUUCUGGUCUUUUUUGUUGCUGUUAAGCCUAGAUUUCCAGCUAGCAAAGUGGCUGUAAAUGCUAACAUUUCAUGCCUGCUGGAGAUAUUUGAAUUACUGGCGUGCCUCUUUUCAUGAACAAGGACAGAUUGAGGAAAUCCUGUCAUCUUAAAAAAAAACAAAAAAAAACACACAAAUCUGGGUUCUGCACAUAAUUGUAUAACUUCAUAGGUGUUUCCUCUUUCCUCCCAGCUAGCAGCAACCCAGAGCUCUGUUCUGGCUGUGGUCGUGUCUCUUUGUUUGUUGUCUACCGCUUUAGCUGCACGGCAUGCUGUUGUGGCUAAAGCUCAGCAAGACAAUACAAGAGUGCAAGUGCACCAAACAUAUAAAUAUAGAAUGAGACAAAAUGAAUGCACAGAUGAAGGAAGAUUUAGUGUCGUGUUCAUUGAAUAGGCCUAACUGAGCCAGCUCUUCAGCAGCAGUGAAAGCUUUGCAGUGGUUGUGUUGCGUAGUCGGGCAGGUGCUUUGAAUAUGAAGCCAAACUAACAUGACUUUGACCUUUUCAGAGGAGCUGUUACAUUGUGAGCAUGGCCGCACGCCCGUUAGCACAAGUAAUAUAAGACAUUUUUCGAACAACACACCUCAAGCUGCCUUGCUGCAUCUCUAGGGAGCAAAAUGUCUUUUUAUUGUGGAGCUGCACAAUAAAAUAUCGCCUCUGUACGCAGAAACAGAUUUGCUAUCGCCUUAUUAGACUAGAUAUUUUCUGGGUUUUCAUUCGAACGGUAACGUUUGCGUUCAAAGCACGACCACGUCAGUGCAGAGGAGCACUUUUGUAUCAAUGGAAAAUGGCACCCGAGCUUGUUUCGCUUGCUGUGUGAGAAGAGGAUGUGGUGAAAAAAAAAAAAUGUUAAAGCCACAAGAUUAAUGGUCACGUGUUCUGUAGCGUUUCACCUGCUUCGGUUUUGUUUCUGAGAAGUUGCAUUCAAAAUACUGUGUGUGUGUGUGUGUGUGUAGUUCGCUGCGGCACCGACAGAAUUUGUCAAGACCAGAUUUAGAGUUUGUGCUCAGUCCGUUUCUUUUGCAUCUCAUGAGGAAAAGGAGUAAAAAAAAAACCAAGGAAAAAAAAGAAAAAAAUCUCAUUAUUUGAUAUAGUUUUGUUGUAAUUAAUCCUGUUUGUGUUUGGAGGACGAAACUCCCAACAAGAGAUUUCUUUGUAAUCUUCUCGCUAAGGUGCAUUUGUAUACAUAUGUUGACAACACAAAAAAGGGGAAUGGGGGAGGAAUGAGGGAAGGAAAGCUGAACUGGAGGUCCAUAGUUUUCCCAUUGCCAAAACAACUACUAUGCCUCCGUUGUUUUCACAUGUUUACUAAGAUUAAGGGCUAUACCAGUCGUCAUAUUGUGGACAAACAUCCAUCCAUCCGUUUUAUUGAGUGAUUCGUCUGCUCUGUGCUGUUCAUUUAAAAGCCACAGUUGCCGAGGUCCACUAUCUGAACAGACGUGUGUGACGUGAGCAUGGUCAGUGUUUGGAUGUGGACGUCCUUUUUUUUUUUUUUUUCUCUUUUCAAAAUGUCGUGGUGGAGCUCACAUUUAACUAUAGCUGAUUGUACAUGACUGUGUAUGUUUGUGUUAUAGGCUUUGACUUUGCCUUUUUUUGGUUGUUUUCGGAGGUGCGUGAUGCGAUGUCCCUUCACCCUCCCUCCACCCUCCACUCUUUCUCAUGUAACCAGCUGCACGUGUGGUUGUGACAGGGUUUUUACAUGUUUUUUUUUUUUCUUGUAGCCGAAGCUGUAGCUGCUCAGCUGCAGCUCCUUCUGAAACAGGAGGGCACGUCUACCCGUUCAGAAUGAACCAAAGUCUCGGCCAUCUCCAUGCUACAAGGAUCAUCUCUGUCCCGACCUGUGUGUGUGUGUGUGUGUGUGUGUGUGUGGUCAUGUCGAUGGUCUGUUUGGUUUCCCACUCUCAGGGUUAUCUUUAACACAUUUCUUAGCCACCAGUCUCAUAAAGCCAAAGCAGUCGUUUCAUGAUAAUUGUCUCCCCCCUGUUGUCCUCUCCUUUGCAUCACGCAUCUCUGUAGUGUAUUGUACAUUUACUCGACUAGGCUAUGCAAAAACAUAAACCUAUGGUUAUAUGCUGCGACCCUCUCCUCCCCCCCUUUUUCUCACAUCCCUCCAUCAUUUGUCUAUGGGCACCAGUACAAGCAAUAUAACUUGAGUAUGUGUGUUACUGCGCUGUACUGUAAUCUACUUGGGUUGGUCUGUGUACAUGUAUUUGUUUAAGAAAACUUGUAUAAAAAAAAAAAGUACCUUGUAAUGAUGUGAGUAUGUAUGCUUCAGUGUCGGCUGAGGGGCUUGGGUAAAAAAGCCAUUCUAGUUUAUAUCUUUUUUUUCCCUCCUCUGGCAUUUUCUUUCCCCUCUGCCUGCCUCCUCAACCACUAACACUUUCUAAAACCUCCUGACUUGCGGCUGAUAAACCGCAUCAUUAAGUGAUUGCAUAAGCCGAUGGAAAGAGUCGGAUUAUAUUGUUUUUGUUGGAUCAUUAUUCAUAUUUUCGUAUAUUUGUCGUCUACGCCACUUUUCCCAACCCUUGUACUUUUUUUUUUGUUGCACUAAUUCGACGUGUUUUGGUUUGUUACAGUUUAAGCAACAGCUUUCUUCUUCUUUUUCUCCAUCUUGAAUGAAUUUUUGCUGACUGAAUAUUUAACUGUUGCCUUUUUAAUCCUCAGUUACUACACCAUCGAUUCCUGAAUUUUCUUUAAAUAUAAUAUACACGUGAAAGACCUCAACGCGGAACACUCAGCUUACGUGAGACCACAUUAGUAAACUUUGACCCCGCAACACUCUGAAAGGAACAGUGUGUUUCUGUUACACAAACUUUUUCCCCCUCAAACAUAGAUAAUACCAAACAGAUGGAGGUGCCAUGGUUGAGCUGUGGGUUGUUUUUUUGUUUUUUUGUUUUUUUUUUUUGUUUUGCCAAAAUGAGAAACAUCCUAGUUUGAGAAGGAAGCAGGCAUCUACAAAAGAAAACAGACCAGACUCUUUUUACAUUUUGUUUCCUAAUGACUUUAAACAAGCCAAAAUGAGUGAAGUGGUAAAAAAAGAGAAAGAAUAAUAAUUAAAGCACUGAAUGAGAUAAAAUGCUUUGGUUGUAGUAAGAAGUCUGCUGUGUACUCGUUGGGUCAUCAUUUGUAUUUUAUUUUUUUAAUAAAACAAACAUUGGCACUCAA